GGUUAAAACAAAGUGAAAUGUAAUCAUACGAUAUACUUUUUUUAAUGCUGUUGAAGAAACAGAGUAAUUUCCUUUAGCACACCACUCUUAGAGACAAAAGAAAAAAGGUCUGCAACAUGAAAGUCACAGGCAUCACAAUCCUCUUUUGGCCUCUCUCCAUGGUAUUAUUAUCAGACAAAAUCCAGUCUUCUAAAAGAGAAGUCCAAUGUAAUUUCACUGAAAAAAAUUAUUCCUUGAUUCCAGCAGAUAUCAAGAAAGAUGUUACUAUACUUGAUCUCAGUUAUAACCAAAUUACUCUUAAUGGUACAGACACAAGAGUUCUACAGACAUACUUUUUACUCACAGAGCUCUACUUGAUUGAGAACAAUGUUACUGUCUUACAUAAUAACAGUUUUGAUAAUCUCUCCAGUCUAGAAAUUUUAAAUAUCUGUAGAAACUCCAUCUAUGUAAUUCAACAGGGUGCAUUUUUAGGCUUAAAUAAACUAAAACAGUUACAUCUCUGCCAAAACAAAAUAGAACAACUGAAUGCUGAUAUAUUUGUGCCUCUAAGAGACCUAAAACUUCUGAAUCUGCAAGGCAAUUUGAUUAGCUAUUUGGAUGUACCACCACUAUUUCAUCUGGAAUUAAUAACUUUAUAUGGAAACCUAUGGAACUGCUCUUGCAGUCUAUUUAAUUUGCAGAACUGGUUGAACACAUCAAAUGUGACAUUAGAAAAUGAGAACAUCACCAUGUGUAGCUACCCCAACAGCCUGAAGAGCUACAAUAUUAAAACAGUACCUCCUAAGGCUGAAUGCCACUCAAAACUUCCUUCACCAGUAACUGAAGAUCUUUAUAUUCAUUUUCAGCCCAUCAGCAAUUCAACAUUUAAUAGCUCUUUGAACAACUUAACAAGAAAUUCAGAACAUAUACCUCUUGGAAAAAGCUGGGUUUUUCUCGUUGGUGUUGUUGUCACUGCACUGACAACUUCACUUCUCAUUUUUAUUGCUAUCAAAUGCCCAAUAUGGUACAAUAUUCUGCUUAGUUAUAAUCAUCAUCGCCUGGAAGAGCAUGAAGCAGAAACCUAUGAAGAUGGUUUUACUGGAAAUCCAAGUUCUCUUUCACAGAUACCAGAAACAAACUCUGAAGAAACUACAGUAAUAUUUGAACAAUUACAUUCAUUUGUGGUAGACGAUGAUGGAUUUAUUGAAGACAAAUAUAUAGAUAUCCAUGAAUUACGUGAAGAAAAUUAAUUUCUUUCAAAGUUUGCUUUUUAAACAAAGUUAUCAGCUCACUCACAGUUUAGAUAUGGAGAUUUUGCUAUGUGAUAUACCAAAAUACAGCUAGCAGACAUUCAUAUUAACAACAACGUACAUGAAUAUCAUAAAAUUAUGUUCUUUGCAUUGUAUUGAGCAAGCAGGUCCAAAUACAAUAACUGACACUCCCUGGUAGCUGACAGUUACAUAGUUUACAAUACUGGCACUCCUGUUCUUAGCAGUGUUUGGGUGACCAUACAGACUAGUAAAAAGGCCUAAAUUAUUCAUUAAUUAAAAUGAAUGGAUUCUCA